AUAAUAUCAGUUCUCCGCUUCAGAGUAGCAUAUAACAAGAAAAUUUUGUAAUAUUCAUAAUAAUGCGAUGAUGAACGGGUUCUCUCGGUGCCCUUUAUGGUCAUUGGUAAAACUGUCACGAUGUCAUUGGUGAUCGUUGAUUGUAGUUGAAGUUCUGCACUCAAAUAUAUUGAAAGGUCGAUAGUGUUCUGCCGGCUCAACGGGCUUAUCUUUGAGUGGUAUUUCGAAGUCAGUGUAACGGAUAUAUACGCAGUUAUGCUGAAUUUGUAGUGUGUUGUGUUUGUACGCCUUUAUUUUAAAUAUAUUUGAACUGCUAAGCGUUUUUUUUUAACUAACCAUGUUCCGUUCCAAGAGGGAUGUGGAUCGUCAUGUGCAAGAGAUUCUUCGGAAGUUAACUAGUGAGAAAGAGAGGAACUUACGGUGCUACAAUAUUGCCAAGCUCUAUUAUCAGGUUGGAGACUAUGAAUCUGCGAGGCGUUACAUUUCCAGUUACUUGACUGUGCGUGAAGAUUCAGCCUCAGGUCAUAAACUUUUUGCCCAAAUACUGGAAGCUCUUGGCCAGAAGGAGAAAGCAUUAACAGAGUACAAAUGCUCAUUAGAACUGGAACAUUCCCAGCCUGAUAUAAUCCUCAAAGUUUGUGAUCUUCUGGGAGAGAGUGAUCUGUCCAUUGACUUGGGCCGUGUCCGAUACUGGUGUGAACGUGCUUCACAGCUAUAUCCUCAUCAUCCUUCUGUAUUUAGGCUGAAGGAACGACUUCUGUCUACAAAAGGAGAGGAGAGUCUUCACGAGUUAGAAGCACUGAUAUCAUCGGAAAUGUCAGCAAGACCAUCAGAUGUUUCUCUGAGAAUCCGUCUUAUCAAGCUGUAUCGAGAAGCAGACAGACUUAAGGAUGCUUAUGAUCAUAUUGUUGAAGUUGAGCGAAGAUCAUUGUUUAGAGAGAACUUGGAAUGGUAUGAAUGCAUCAGUGUUGUUUUGAAGGCAUAUUCAGAGAAAUACUCUGAUAUUUGUGGAUGGGAAUUUUACCUAUAUUAUACAUCUGUUCAAGAAAAAAAGGCAUAUUUAAGCUUAGGUGAAAACCAUGCUAUGCUCCACAAAACUGUUGCAGAUUGUGUGCAAGUUCUCUUCAGUUUUGACCAGUUACUAACAAAGGCAUCACAGCAGUCCCCUCCACCCAGUGAACGGGACUACUAUCAUGAAUUCUUAAGGCACAUGCGUGGUCAACUCUGCCUCCAUCUUGCCACUCUGCUUCUGAAAAGAGCAAAGAAGCAGGAUCAAACUAAUUGGCGUGAAAUGUGCCGCAUGGCAAUUCCUCUUUUGCUGCACGCUUUGGGCCCACCUCCUGAUGUUUCUAAUAUUGGCACAGUUAAGGCAUCUGAAUCUCGUCGAAAGAUCGUUCAUCAGUGGAGCAAGGAAGCUGCAUUCCGCAUCAGUCAGGCAGGACAUGUUCUCCUGGCUAUGCUUCAUGAACGUCGUUCUCAGUUCUUGGACAGAAUAACACAGUAUUGCUCUGGAAAUUGGCGUGAAAGGGUUUUUCAGAGAAUCUUCAAUACUAGAGACCACCAUCAGCAAAUAGGAACUUCCCACUUCGUGAACUUCAGUUCAUUUGCAGAUCCACCUUUGGAAAUUCCAACAGCGAGUGAGCUAAGCCCUCAUGAUGAAAUGUCACAGCAGCUAUAUCCAAACUCUCUUCAUCACUUGGUAUGGUUGGGUCUACAGAAGAUGAGUGCAAGUAAAAGUAGCACUUCGUCAAAAUUGUGCAAGGAUUUUUACUGUCUUGUAUUUGAUGGUCUGCAGUUAACUACAAAAAAUUUAAAUUCUGCAGGCAUCGAAACACUGUGCAGGCUUGAUAUUGAUGCUUUCUUGUAUGCUACAGUACUGUGUGUGGCAGCAGCUCAAGAGGAACUGUUGGCAGUUGGCUAUUCAAACAGUGAUCGUCCUGCAACACUUCCUGCGUGUAUUACAGACCAGUUAUGCACAGUUGCCCAAGACAAAUGGUGGAUAGCUGCAUAUACUGUCAUUCAGAAACAAGUUGAAGGGAAUUUAGGAGAAUUGCGCCAAGUUUUGCAACAUGGAAUUGAAGUUGUAAGAAUUUUGGGUAACCAUGGACUUGAUGUCAGACUGAUAGUACAGCUUGCUCGUGCAUUUGCUGAAAGGGCAACAAGUAUGGCAGCUCGCAGCGAGUGUGCAGCAGAUGUUACUGCAAUAGAACAACGAGCUGCGUUGUAUUGGACAUCAGCUCUACCUCUCCUGGAAAGACUCCAGCGAAAUCAGACUAUUCGAGCACCACAUACCAAACUUUUUGAGUAUCAUGGGAAGGAACUGUCUAGUGCUGAAAUCAACACCUUGAUUGAAGAAGGCAGAUUCUUCCUUGCAUGUCAGCUUAUGAAGGAAGACAAACACGAAAGAGCAUUAGAAGCAUUUGAACAAUUAAAAUCUCCUUAUGCUGCUUUUUACCGUGCAUUAAUAUACAAGAAAUUAGCUGAAGAGCAGUUUCAGGGUCAGCACAGGGAAAUGAUUACAAGUGAAAUGAGAUCACAACAUAUCAUUCUGCUUACCAAGGCUAGGGAAUGCUUUUACCUUACAUUAGAUCGCCUCAAAAGUCCAGGUGUUGAUAGCAAACAUCCUUUAAAUGCAGAGCUUGGUGGUCAUAUAGAGGAGAUAGAAAGUCAGCUACAUCACAUUGAUACGGAUGUGUCCAGGAGUGAUGUAAAUCGGAAUGACAUGCUGGAUGGUCUUUCUUUAGAAACCGCAUCUUCAGAACACUCACCAGUUGAUAAUGGACAUAUGUUCAUUGGCUAUAAUGGGACAGUACAGAAUUCAUUUGCACACAUUUCCAGUCGUAACAGGAGUGCAAAUCGUCUUAGUAGCACUCCAUACAGGAGCAAUAACAAAUGUGAUACAUCUGAUGCUCAAGAGAUUAGGAGAGUGGAAGCUCGUCCGAGCCCAGAGCGUUUAGAUGCCCAAAUUCGGCAGCUGCUCCACAACAGAGAUUCAGUUCUGCAAACAGUAACACAACAUUCGAAAGCAGUAAUGGAAAGUGUUAAAGUUAUUAUGGAGGAAUUAAAGGACUGCAAGAAAGAGAUGAAGGAGAGCAAGGAAGAAUUAAGAGGAUACAACCAGGAACUAAGGCACAACAAACAAAUGAUAGAGGAAUUAAAGGCUCAAGUACAGGAACUGAGGAAAGAUACCCUGAAACUAAAGAAAGGACAAUCUCAUGUAAACUCAGAACUUUCACAGGUGUGUGAUACUGAAGAUGAUCUUUAUGUAUUUGAUGAAGAAGACUAUGCAGAAGAUGUGACAAUAGCAGCCAGUCAUAUGGGAACAUACCCACCUUUUCAGCCCUUCCCCGGUUACCCAGAUUAUAGACCUGUAUCUGGCAUAAUGGGCACUUCAAGUGUGCCUUACGCACCACCACCGCCGCCACCACGAGAAGCUCAUCCCCAGUUAAUACCACCCACACAACCAAUGGGUGGAUUUUUCCGUGGUGUUGAGCCUGCACUGAUAUAUCCCCCAGGAACUGUUGGUUAUUAUAGCGGCCAAGGUGCCCUUCCAUUCUCCGAAGGCCAGCAGUUGCCAGAUUUCCGUGGCCAUCAGGCUCCUGCAUUUUCUCGCUUAGGAACACAUCCUGAUCCACAAAACACUCAACCUGAAGUAAAAGUAUCCCUUACAUCUGCUCCUGUCAAUGUUGUUAUUACGUCUUCUGAUACCUUACCUACAACAGUUCCUGUUACACAGCCCAUUCUGAGUGUAACUAUUCCACCACAGCAUAGAUUGGGAGGGAUGCCUCUUGUUCAUAGUGAUCUUGGAACUUCCAUGCCUGAGGCAAUGGUGUCCACUACAUACUCAGCUUCAAGACCUUUACCUCUGACAACCACACAAACUUCAUUUAGUUCAACUUCCCAUCUUCAGCAGCAGCUACCACCGUCCCAGGGGGCAGUACCAAAUAUAGGACGACAUACUGUUCCUCAUGCUUUUCAGAUAACUAUGCCGCCUCAAGCUCAUUUACCUCAAGUAUCAUCGCUUGAGAAAGGUGCUGCAUCCCUUAGCCCAGUUCUUCCAAUAGCAACCAACUCUUUACUUUCAUCUGUUCCUUCUCCAGUGUAUUCUGCAGUUGUCACUGAGAAAAAUUUGGUGCCAAAGGAGACAAGUCCCAAAUCACGUCAAGCUUCAAUGGGCUCUAAUGCUGAAGAAGAGAAUGUUGCUGAAACAGAUCAUGACCCAUGUCCUGACUUCGAACCUGUGAUUCCAUUGCCUGCUGAAGUUCAGGUCAUGACUGGCGAAGAAGAGGAGACAGUACUUUUUGAAAGCCGGGCUAAAUUGUACAGGUUUGUUGAGAAGGAGUGGAAAGAACGAGGAAUUGGAAAUAUAAAACUACUGCAUAAUCAAAAGACGGGGAAAAUAAGAAUACUUAUGCGUAGAGAACAAGUCCUGAAAGUUUGUGCUAACCAUUUCAUAUCUGCUGACACAGAACUAGUCCCAAUGAAAGACAUAGCUUGGAUAUGGGUUGCAUAUGAUUUUGCUGAUGAACAGGUGAAGUUAGAGAAGUUGUGUGUUCGUUUUAAAACCCCAGAAGAAGCGACAAGUUUUAAGGAUGCAUUUGAGAAAGCCAAGAGCAUUAUUAGAUUGGCGCAAACAUCAAUAGAAGAUGAAUCUACAGUGUCAUCAAGAAGUGCUAGUUCAACCAAAACUGUUGACUCAGUUACUUCGUCACAGGACAGUUCCUCCUCAGUUCUCAAAAAAGAAAUUUCUAGUCAAACAUCUGUAACACCUUCAUCUACAGCUCCUGUAUCAGUGUGUGUUACAAGCAACAAAAUUACUGUGGGUGGUUUUACAUUUGCAAGUACUCCAAGUUUCAAGGAUAAUACAACACCUGAAGGCAAAACUGUUGAUAAUGAUUCCUCAAAAACAAAGGUUACACAGGAUGAUGCUUCAAAAGUGAGUCCGUUUGCUACCUUCAGUUUUGCAAUGCCGUCAAAACCUGUAUCGUUCCCGGAAGUUUCAAAACCAGUGGCAGUGGUCAUGGACCCAUUUAAGACAACUUCCACACCAGAUACUUCAACAUGCAUUACAGUGGCGACUCAGAGCCAGGCUUCAAAGCCAGGUACCACAGUUUCAGAAAGUUCAAGGAUAGCUGUUUCAAAACCUGAAGUUUCUAAUUAUCCAACACAGUCUCACCAAAUAGGAACAUCACAAGAAGUCACACAAUUUGGUUCUCAGAGAAAUAUUAUUGCAGUGGGAACUGAAAAGGCUGGAAAUGAACCACUGAUGUUUUCAUCUAAUUCAUUAACAUUUGCAGAUCUUGCAGCUAAAUCACCUGCAGAAAAACCUGCAUUUGCAGCAGAUUCAAAUUUCAAAGGAUUUGAAGGUGCAGGUAGUUUUGUGUUUGGAAGUACUCAGACAUCUCAGAAGUCCAAACCUCAAAUUACUCAAAGUUUGCCAGACAGUCUGUCAGAGCGGCCACCUGAAGAGUUUGUUCCAACUGCUGAGUUCAAACCUGUGAUUCCUUUGCCAGAAUUAGUUGAAGUGAGAACAGGAGAAGAAGAUGAGGAAAUUAUCUUUGAGGAAAGAUGCAAGCUUUUAAGAUUUGAUGGAGAAAAUAAGGAGUGGAAAGAAAGAGGCAUAGGGAAAAUGAAGCUGUUGCACGAUCCAAAAUCGGGCAGGGUACGCUUGCUGAUGCGGCGUGAGCAAGUUUUGAAAGUCUGCUGUAAUCAUGCCAUUACUACAGCUAUGAAGUUUAAGCCACUGUCGACUUCAGACAGAGCGUGGUACUGGGCAGCUCAAGAUUAUUCUGAAGGAGAAAUGCGCCGAGAAUUGUUAGCAAUAAAAUUUAAGACAACAGAUUUAGCAGAACAGUUUAAGAAGGCAGUGGAAGAUACUCAAGCAAAGAUGAUAAACGACAGAAUACCUUUAGAUGGUAGCAUUAAAGAGGAACUAUCUGCAGAGGGUAAUGAUGAGAAACAGUUGAAAGAAAAAUUAAGAACAGGAGAGGGCACUAAUACUGCAUCAAAUCUUUGGGAGUGUCCUUCUUGUCACAAGAACAACCCAUCAGAUUCAUCAUCUUGUCAUUCAUGCAACAGCAACAAAAUACAAAAAACAUCUGCUGAGGAUUCACCUCUGAAGUCAUUAUCUGAAUUCAAACCAAAAGCAGGUUCAUGGGAAUGCAAAUCUUGUUAUACAAGAAAUGAGGGAACAUGCCGCACUUGUGUUGCCUGUGAAGCAGUGAGGAUACCUACUACUACUACAGUGUCUACAAGCAGCACCACUUCUGACCACGUCUCAAAACUAAUUUCACCAAAUAUCGUUCCUCUUUCAGAAGCUUUCAAACCAAAGCCUGGUUCUUGGACAUGCAGUGACUGUUAUCUUACCAAUGAAGAGAGAAAUAACAGAUGUGUUGCUUGUGAUAAACUUAGGCUUGGAAGUGAUGGAAAACCCAUUAAUGAAACCACAGCAGAAGAUAAGACUGCAUUUAAAUUUGGAAUUCAAAGUUCAAACACUGAAAGUUCAUCAGGUUUCAAUUUGUCUCGCUUUUUGCCUACAUGUGACGUUAUGACAUCUGUCACAACUACAACUACUACUGGUAUGAGUACAACUACUAAUGCAUCUUCCUGCGUUUUCUCAUUUGGAUUUCCCAAGAUUAACACACAAAACAAAGAUGGUGCAGCAUCAUUCUCUUUUGGGAGUUCAACAGAGUCACAGAACACAUUAGAUCCUGUUGGAACAUCAUUGAAAUACGACUUGGCUGUGGAACGUGACACAGUACCAAAACAAAGUAUCUCAUUUGGCUUCCAAGUCCCAACAAGCUCUGUUGACACACCACAGGUCAAGCAGUUGCCUGAAACUAAGAACACACCAACCUUUAUAUUUGGAAACUCAUUGCCUGCUACUAAACCUACAGGAGCUGCUGUGACAUUUGGAGCAGACAAGACACCCAUAAAUGAAAAUAAACUGGUGCAAGUUCGUUCAGAACAUAGCUUUACAUUUGGCAGCCCAGGAAAAUUUGAAUUUUCAUUCAGUGGUGUCAGACCAAAAUCUCCUGUAAAAUCGCCCAAAUCACCAGGCACUAAACACUCUGUUUCUGUUGGAGAAGAAGAAAGUGGAAGUGAAGAAGAAGAAGAAGAAGAAGGAGAUAACAUUCACUUUCAGCCUGUGAUACCACUUCCAGACAAAGUACCAGUGCAUACAGGGGAAGAGGAGGAAGACCUCCUAUAUAGCCAGCAUGCAAAGUUAUAUAGAUUUGUUUCUGGUGAGUGGAAAGAACGAGGUCUGGGUGACAUUAAAAUUCUGAGACACAGAGUCACAAAAAAGAUAAGGUUGCUGAUGCGUCGUGAUCUAGUGCUGAAAGUUUGUUUGAACCAUUUUCUGACCCCUGAGAUAACAUUCAUUGAAAAGGAUGCAAAAAGUUGGUUGUGGAGUGCACCAGAUUUUUCAGAUGGUCACAUAGAGAAUGAACGGUUUGCAAUUCGUUUUAAAACACCAGAUAUAGCAGCAGAAUUCAAAAAAGCGAUAGACCAGUCCCAGGCUGAUGUGGCUGAGGGUAAAAUAUUAUCGUCUGAAAAGGGAAGCAAUAGGAGUCCAGGAAUGGCAGACAAACAAUCGUCUCUUGAGACGAAAGGUGAUCUAUCAGGUGAUGCCACUUCUCCUGCUUUUAAGACCUUCUCAUUUGCUGUCACAGAUAAUAAGCCAGAAUCUAGUGGAACACCAAAGUUCUCCUUGUCAAGUCGCUUUGGAUUGCCAGAAAUGAAAGGUGCUGUUCAACCACUUUUUGGUGGAGUGUCAAAAGCAGCACAUGAAAAAGUUGAUGAUUCACCAGAGGUGAUAUACGAAUUAGCAGUUACUGAGCAAGAGAAAGCAGAGGCAGAAAGGUUGAUGUUGCCUUCAAAUUUUUAUGCUUAUCGAAGAAAACCAGGCUGUCCAGGAUGUCCAGGCUGUAAAGAUGAUGAAGCUUCAGAGUCAGAUGGAGAAAGAGGGGCAGAAUCAUCAAAUGUGGACACGUCUGCACAUGAACCUAAUUGUUCAGGUGACUUUUCAUUGGCUGCCCUUGGACAGAAAACAGCUGGUACAGUUGACGAUAAUAUGGAGGAUAAGAAUAAGCAAAAUACUUCUAAUACCACACAGAUCAAAGCCAAGAUGGGCAGUGGUAUUUUGCAGCCUCCGACAUUUUCUUUCACUCCUACUUUCGGUCAGUCUACAACAACAACCAAUCCAGCAUGGUUCUCCCGGAACACAGCAGCAGUUUUCACAAGUCCUGCAAUGGGUGCAGGUGAUGCAAAAAAUAUAACAAUUGAUCAGACAGGUUCAUUGCAUGCCGAGAACAAAUUUGGGGUGGCGUCACUUGUCGCAACAAACACUGUUGCAGAGAAAGCUGCUAUAUCCACACCAGAGUUUGGAAAAACUCCAGGACGUUCCUCUGAAAGUGAAAAGCAGAUCAGUAAUUUAGCUGCUGGAACUUCACUGUUUGGUUCACAGGGACAAAAGGUAGAAAGUUGUUCCAAUGCCCCACUCUUUACUCUUUUCCCUCCAUCUAGUCAGACAAAAUCUGUGCAGGACCAGCCCCUUAUGUUCAAUUUUGGCCCAACAAGUAAAUUUGGUUGUGAGCCCAAAGUUUCAAAGACACCAGGAUUUGGAUUUACUGCACCCUUUCAGACUGAUAGUAUAUUGAGAACAUCAGCCACUGAAAGCACAGAUUUGAAAACCAUGAUGGAACCUUCACACAGUAUUCUUCAACCAGAUGAAAAACACAGAACAGUAGGAAAGCAAUUGGAGGAGAAUUUGAAGCCUGAAGGUCUGUUCUCUUCAGUGCAGUCGGCCAUCACAUUUGCAGACCUUGCUUCAAAGAUAAAGCCACAGGAACAGCAACCAGGUACUGAGUCAACUGUCAGAUGGGAGGGUGCUGGUUCUACUGUUUUUGGUGGCUUGAAGAAACAGACACCUCAGAGAUUGGAAGCUUCAUAUCAACAGAAAUCAGUUUCACCUGAUUCUGCUGCGGAGGAAGAAGCAAGUGAUGAUGAAACGGCAGUAGCUAGUAGUAGUGUCCAUGAUCCUCACUUUGAACCAGUUAUCCCCUUGCCUGAUGCUAUAAUAGUACAUACAGGCGAAGAAGAAGAAGUUGUCAAGUUUGCAUCUCGGGCAACAUUGUUUAGAUUUGAUGAAGCACUUAAACAGUGGAAGGAACGUGGAGUUGGUGAUAUGAAAAUACUGUUUCAUCCUAUUAACCAUACAUACAGACUACUUUUAAGAAGAGAAAAGAUCCACAAAGUUGUGUGCAAUCAUCUAAUAACAGCAGAUUUUUCAUUGAAGCCUUUCUCAAAGUCUGAGAGAGCGUGGUUAUGGGCUGCCCACAAUUUUGCAGAUAAUGAAGGAGAAUUGGAAAAACUUGCUGUGUCUUUCAAGAAAGAGGAAACUGCCAAAGAAUUCUAUGACAAAGUCACUGAAUGUGUAGAGGAUGUAAAAACAUUUAUCAGAAGAGAAAUUACCAGCACCUCCUCAACAGAUAGACAGUAUGAGGAUAGUGAAGAAUCUAUAGACGACGACGACGAUGAUGAUGACGAUGAGGAUGAUGAUGGUGAUGACGAUGAUGAUGGUGAUGACGGUGAUGAUGGUGAUGAGGGGGAGGAUGAUGCAGAUGAUGAUGAUGAUGAUGAUGACGACAGUGUCCAUAAUUAUAGUAUUAAGGAUGCUAAUGCAGAAGAAAGUACUGUAUUUGACAAGAGAGCAACACUUACAAUAAAGGAUGGUAAUCAGUGGAAAACUUUAGGCCUUGGUGACCUGAAGAUACAGUACAAUAAAGCAAAGCAGAUUGCACAGAUUAUUUUGUUAAAAGAUGGAAGUACUGAAACAUUGUGUAACAUGAUAAUUAGCAAACAAAUUAAUGUAGAGGUGAAGAAAAGGGAUUGUGAAUGGACUGGCAUCGACAGUUGUAUAGAACCUGGCAUAUGUAAAACAUUGUGUGCUAAGUUCAGUUCAGAGACUGCAGCCCAUGAAUUUGCAAACAAAAUUUCCCAGUAUAGACAAGUGGAGAAGUCUGAACAUGAAUGAGACACUGGUGUUCCCGAAAGACUUGAAGACUGAUUUCUUUCUCUUUUUUUUCUUUUUGCACUGUCAUAUGAAAGAAGACUGGAAAUUAUGUAACACUGCUAUUGAAAGACAGAGGCUUCCAAACAAAGGAAGUGCCAUCAUAUGUAUUAUAGUUGUAUGUUACUCUGUAUAGGAAUGUUUUGAACAGUGUUUAUAAUUAUGUAAAAUGCCAUGAUAAGGGGAAAUGCAAAUGAUGCAGGGGUAUGUUGAAGGUAGAAAAGAAUUUGAUUUUACUUAUGAACAUAACCACUUCAAACUCACGUUCCUUGAAUUGAUGUGAACCAUAAAUACCAAAUGUGCUCAUAUAUACAGUGAAUAUGAACUAAGCUUCCACACCAUGUUUGUGACAGGUGUUAAUUUGUGUAUAAAGCAUAACAAUUGUAAUCACUGAGACUAUAACGCAUUUAUAUUUAUUUAUUGCAUUUUCAAUGCUUUAUAUUACAUAAUGACUUAAUAUUCACUGGAAACAACAUGGCAUGAAUUGCAUUGCAGUAUAUUGCAUUGUGUUCCAUUAUUGUCACCAUUGCUGUAAAAAAAAUUAAAGUGUACAGUACAGUUUA